GAGUACUUUUACUUAAAUAUAAUGAAUAUAAAUAUGAAGAAGUAUAAUACAAAUUUUUUCUUGGAAAGAAAGCUGCUUAGUACAACUGGAGGUGUUGAGAUUUUGUUCGACAUAAUUUUAUAAUUUAUUUAUUGUUCGUUCUUUGAUGAUCUAUCUAUGUGUUGUACCAUUUGUAUUUAUUAUCAAAGCACAUCAAAAGCCAAUCUGAAGGGGCCACUCUAUUUAUUUUUGAGAGAAAGUACAGAAAAUAUUUUUUGACACUUGGAUAUUUCUGUCAAGCAAUAAUUCUGGACAAAAUUAUUUCUGCAAUCAGUCAAGCAAUGAUUCUUUCCAUUCUUCUUCUUAACACUAAAUAUUUUAAUUCUGAUUUGUCAAUCUUCUUCUCGGUCAUCAAUGUUUUUGCUUCAUACAUCGUCACCAGAGUUUUCUUCUUUUCUCUUAGCUGUAGUUAUUGCUAGACUCUUUCUCUUUUCUUUACCGUUUUUUCUUUAAGCCACAUUUACACGAGCAAGUUUUCCUUGACAAGAUUUCUUUGAGAAGUUAAUUUUGUUCGUGUAGAUUUGGGUAUAUUGAGGAAAAGUGACAAUUUUUUACUUGACAAGUGUAUUUGUUCAAAAGCUGGCGUGCCAGUUUUUCAGCAAGUUCACUUGUCCAUUAUAAAAUUGUCAUUUGCAAAACUUGUCCGUGUAGAUGACUUGACAAGUAAACCUGACAAAUUUGACUCAAUUCCAGACCUUUUCUUUUCUGACAAUUGCUUGUUCUUGGACGAUCAAGGAACGCCAAUGCUUUUAAUACUCUGCAAAGCCGUGAAAGCUUUCGGAAUACAAAGGCAGAAAGUUGUAAAAUUGGAACAUCAAGAAUAAUGAGUAGACGCAGUAUAAGAAUGGGUAUACAGAUAUUAAAGGAAAAAAUUCCAGGGAUUUCCCAUCCACGAAUAAAAGUGUCUUCUUCGUUAAAGGAGCUAUUUUUUGCAAGAAAAUUUAACGCGAAAAACGUGCUGCGUCGCAAAAACCGAGGCUAACCUAUAAACUUCGCUGGCCAAAACGAUUGUCAGAGCAAAUAGAUAUUGUGAACGAGACUUGUUGUCUUUCUACACGAGCAAUUAAAAAUUGUCAAGUAAAAAAUAUCAAGCAAAAUUUUUUUGCUAAUCUACAAGGGCAAGGAAACUUGUCAAAGAAAAUUACCAGGAAAAAAUUGCUCGUAUAUAUGCGGCUUAAAUGUUUCAAAAAGUCUUGUGUUUUUGCAACUUUAUGUGUCUUAAACUUAUACCAAGUGGUGUUUGGGCCUGGGACGCUCCUGCGUUUUGCGACCUGCCCUAUAAUGGCGGACAAACAGGGCCUAGCUGUGAGCAACAAUUUAUUGAUUUACCUCUAUCCAAUCCAAGAAUAUUAAGUAACGCCUGAAAGAUAAAUUGAAUGGAUUCAAGAAUGGAUAUUCAUCACAUCAUUGAAAGCUGUCUAGGAUCUCGAUCCACCAAGAAACGCAGAGAAGAUUUUUGCACUUGAAACUAAACAAUGAAUCAAACAGGCCCAAAUCAGCUCAUUUUAAACUCUCAAGCAAUUCUGACCCUUUGACAGCCAAACACUUCUGUCUUUUUGACCCUUUGCCUUUUAUUUCAAUAUCUGCUGUAAAUUCUCAUUUUCCAGUGUCAAUCAGAUAACUGCAAUCUUUCUGUCUUAAGACAAUUUUCUUCUCCAUUUUUUGAGUUACACAAUGCCCGACAACCGAUUGGUCUUUCAAAGUGUCACGAGUUGGAUAAUGCUUAUCAUUUAUAAUUUGUCUUAAACUGAUAAUGAAAAAAAUGAAAAAUAUCUAAAACCACAAUUGCUGCGAUUAAGAAUCUCCUUUCUGGUUACAAAAUUAUCCUAUGUGCUUCCUUUGCAUGAUGGUGCGGUUUCCAACCAAGAUAACAAGUUUCAGAGCUAUGAAGUUCCCUCCAAGUUAAAAAGACCUACUCUUUAAUUUGCCUCGCAAUCAGGGAGGUAGAGAAUAUAAGUUAUAAUUCCAUGAGUUGCUCAUAGUGGUAUACUUUGGACAAACCAUAGCAUUGUAGUGGAAGGGAAGACCCAUCGAAUUUUUUGUGAACGAUUGUAGUUUAUGCCCAGGUUCUAUAGAACUUUGACAGAAUAUUUACCAGCUUUCAAAUAAUGGUUACACUGCUCCUUUAUCGCAAUACCAGAUCCCUACCGAUAAAGAUAAUCCUCGCAGGUUUGGACACCCAUUUCAAGAUACAACGUCCCAUUUCAACUUCACUUAAAUUGCCAACAUUAAACAAGCAUAAAAUGCAAAGACGAUAUACCCUGUCUAUGUCGUUUGAUAAAAGUGACGGAUUUCCUCUUAGCGUCCUUCAUCGUUUUAAUCCAGAUCUCAGUAACAUAGAAGUGAGCUUGUUUGCUAUGUCAAGGUCCCUAUUAAAAUCACUUGGCUCUAUAGGGCGUAGCUCAAAAGCGGAUUUCACCAUUUGAAACGUACGUCAAUCCGACUAAAGCAAAUAGUUAUCAGACUGAUAGGACAUUGUUGCUCAACAGAUUAUGUCGUCUUUGGCUGCAUUUUAUCUUUGCCUAAUAAUAAGUGCCUAAUAAUGUAGUUAAAAUUUUGUGCCGCAGAAUUUUACAGUUGUACAUAUUUCUCCGAAAUGUAGUUAAUAACAGCUUAUCCGGAUUCGGAUGGAUCUUUGACGUGGGUGAGGAGCUGCUUCGAUCAGUAAUGAAAGAGAUCCAACAGCGUCUGUGACUGCAAUCUACUGAAGGCAAUUUUCUUAGGGUUUCGUGAGGCAGCUGUAAAUUCAAGGCCAUUGCCAAGGAUCAGUUUGUAUAUGUAGGUAUUCUCAAGACAAGUGAAAAUAUUGGUAAAAAUGGCAAAUUAUAUUCUAACUUGCUUGGUUUUUUCGUACACAUCGGCAUUGAUCGGCUGUGAGGUAAUCGAAGGCGGUGGCACGCCGCAUCUGGUACCGCGUAUCCAACGCAAUACAUCAGCUGCAGACGUGCAAGACUGGGCAUGGAGCACAUUACUCACGCUGCACAAUCUCACUUUCCCAGGCGUUCCGCCUUCAGGCAAGUUCUACGAGGCUGCCAUCCAGAUAACAAAAGAAGUUGCCACUGCCCAUGCCGCUGCACAACGAAGUCCAGACGAGGCAGUUGAUGUCAAAAAGUUGGUACAGUACAUGAAAGCCGCCUCGAGUACAAGCACAAAGGAUUUAGCCCGGUCUGCACUUGCAAGAACGCUUUAUGGAUACUUCAAGGCCUAUCUUAGCGGCUCUGGAUCAAAAUUUCCUCUUGGGUUGAAUUCCAUAUCAUUUGCUGCCGCGCAUUUCCUUGAAACCUUGAGAGAUGAAGUUGGCGAGAGGUCGUUUAACAGACUUGUGGCGAGAGGUGGCGCAAAAACAUUGGCGUUCGCCAUUGAUACAACUGGCAGCAUGACUGACGACAUAAAAGCAGCUAAAGCCAUUACCAAGGCUAUUCUGGCUGAAGAAAGGAAAGAGAAAGUGGAUUUUAUUCUGUCUCCGUUUGCAGAUCCUGCAUUUGGGCCUGUUGUGUACAAGACAGAGAGCGAAGGCAAAGCUUUCAUAGAAGCCAUAGAUUCAAUCAAGCCAAAAGGAGGUGGGGAUUGCUCGGAGUUGGCCUUUGCUGGGAUUCUUGAGGCCUUGAAUGCUGGUCCACAGUAUGGCUCACCCCUAUUCGUCAUAACUGAUGCCAGUGCAAAGGACGACACCCUGACAAAUGUUAAGACGGCGAAAGUGAUUGCCCAAAGUACUGGUAUUACUGUUAAUUUCUUCACAAAGCCGGGGGGCUGCGACAAAAAGGGAAUUCAGAGUUUCCGUGAUCUUGCCGCUUUCACUUCGGGCCAGGUCUUUCCCUUGAAAAGUGACAAGGAGCUAAGAAAUCUGACUAGCUUUGUAAAGGACAGUCUUGACAGCACUCAGAUUAUAUCCAUAUCAAGGACAUUUUUGCCCAAAAAAAAGUCACUGUAUAAAAACAAACGAAGAAGUAGAAGCCGAAGAUCUAAGGGAGUGAGCCAGUUUCCCCUCCAAGUCGACGAGUUUGCCUUUAAACUGCAGGUUACAGUUACAACUGAGCGCGAAACAACCAAGAAUAUUCGACUUCUGAACCCAAAAGGACAUAUUAUACAACCUCUAGUGAAUUUAUCGCACAGUCUUGUUUACAAAAUCGAGAAGCCAAUGAUGGGUGAAUGGAUCUUGUUUGUUCCAACCGAUGUAGGGAAGUUUGAUUACAUCGCAAGAGUUAAGAGCAGCAGUGUCAUCGAGUUUGGCUAUUACUAUGUGCUUGAUUACAAUGGAAUCUCCUCCCCAGUGGCACAUCCACUUACAGGUGAAAGGUGCAAAGUGUUCGUCACAAUUGGAGGGGCACACCACACUAGCAAGAAGACACUGUCCCUGCGUCUUAUUGACCCGCAAGGCCAUACACUACAGAAAGAUAUAAGGCUAAAGUCGAUUGGGAUGACAGGAACCCUUUUUCAGGCCACGUUCCAACCUCCAAGUGUUAGAUACAAAAUCAUGCUUGAGGGAAAUACCCUUAGCGGUACCAAAUUUACAAGAGUUUCAAGAAAAGAAGACGAAGCUAAAAGCAUUCUGUUGCGUGUUUUGUACGGUCAGAACCAUUUCACCGUUGUGCAAGGAAAACGAUUCUUGUUACUUGCGGGACUUCACAAUACCGGGCAGACCGAGUUUUUCAAAGUAAGGGCUUUUUCAAAUGCUGGAACGGCCAAGGUUAUGCGAGGGAGGGUAAUGUGCAGAAAGGGCAGAAUGGGUUUCAUUAUGGUUAACUUCAAGGCUUCUAAAAGAGCCCCAGCAGGACAGGCCGCAUCAAUUUUCUUGCUUGCCAAAGGGGAGAGAUCGGGCAGGUUUGUGACUGAAAUGAUGAGAGUUCUAAUUGUUGCGGAGUAAAAUGUAACGAUGAAGCACUGCCGCCAUGUUGUAGAUUAGUUAUCAACAUACAGGUUCUCUCAAACAUGUUUCUGCUUUUUCAAGUCCAUGGAUAUACGAACAAUCUAUAAUAGAUAUUCUGAUAGUAGUAUCGGGUGACAUGCAUUUGUUAAACUGGAAGGACUAUAGCGAUUUAGGAACUGCUGAAAUAGAUGGUUUACCUGUCAAGCUGACGAAUGAUGCCAUUCGGGUUCUUUGCCACUUCCAACCCUAAACUCUUCAAUUCCCCCAAACCCCCCUUCACCCUAGAGAAAUUCGUGGUUUCAUUGCUGAUAGAAAUAAAAAUAUGCAUCUUGAUCACCUUGUAAUAUUUCACUGCUGCUUAUCAAUGCCAAAGGUAGUGCUAACCAAUACUUCAAGACUGCAUUUCACUUAUUUGCUUUAGCUAUUUGCUAUUGGUAGAAAUAGUGAAAGUUUAUAAAGCACGAGUUUGUUAUUGCCAGGGAAGAGUUGAUGCCAUUUGAAGAAUAAAAUUUCAUAAUUGUCUUUAGAUGCAGUCAAACUCAAAAUCUCAAAUCGAAUUACAGUGCAAAAAAAGACUACAUUUUAUACGUUUUAAAACAAUUCAAGGAGAAUUAUUAUAAAUACAUAGAACAUACAGUUGCCUGGUGAUCGCAUUAACGAGCAACAAUCACAGUAUCAAAUCAAACCUUCUCUCCCUCACAAAUAUCACCCUUAUUUUUCAUAUUCAGACGUAUUUACCUAAGUAUUUGUAAUUUAGUAGCUGAAAAUGGCUUUGAAAAAAACAAACAUUUUAUUAUAUGUUGGUUAAAAACUCUUUCAUCUGACACUCCUCAGAGCAUAAACAUCAGAAUAAAGGUCCAAAAGGACACGAUGAUAAAUAUAUACCCGAUUGCAGAUCGAAAUAGGGCAAUCAUGUUUGCUUUUUUCAAGGCCAUUUUAAAGUUUUGUACCACAAAAAAACUGUUCAAAUCUAGUAGCUGUAGCUUUUGCAAAAAAUGGUGAAUUGUAUUUCAAUCGUUUUUCUAGACUUUAGUUAAACUCAAACAAUGUUAGUUUGAAGUUUUUGUACCUUAAAGUAAAUUUGUGUUAUGUCUUUCAUUUAAAGGUGAAUAUCUUA